AUGGACCUACAAGAUGACGACGGCUACGCAGCCCUCAUGCUCGCAGCUGUGAAUGGCCACGUGGAGAUGGCAGGGCUGCUUUUGAAAGCUGGUGCUGACAUGGACGUACAAAACAUACCGGACGGCCACACAGCCCUCAUGCUCGCAGCUUGGAAUGGCCAGGUGGAGGUGGCACGGCUGCUUUUGGAACUCUUUGCUGACACGAAGUGGCGUGACGACGAAGGCCACACGGCCCUCCUGCUUGCAGCCAAGAAAGGCCAUGUGGAGAUCGCACGGCUGCUCUUGGAAGCUGGUGCUGACAAGGACCUGCAGAAUGGCAACGGCUGCACGGCCCUCAUGCUCGCAGCUUGGAAUGGCCAGGUGGAGAUGGCACAGCUGCUUCUGGAAGCUGGUGCUGACGUGGACCUACAAGAUGACGACGGCUACGCAGCCCUCAUGCUCGCAGCUGUGAAUGGCCACGUGGAGAUGGCAGGGCUGCUUUUGGAAGCUGGUGCGAACAAGGACUUGCACGAUCAUUACAGCGUCACCACCACUGCCCUCAUGCUCGCAGAGGAGAGGGGCCACAGCGAGGUUGCAACGUUGCUGUUGAGCAAAGGCUCGCAGGAUGGUUGA